CAACGCCAAUGCGGCCUAUUUGUCAGCCCUGGUUUAGAGCAAAUAAUUUUUCGUCGCGUCGUAAAAUGUGCGCAUAAACUGAACCUUAAAAUUACAAAUAAAGCUUUAUUUUAUAUAAUAAAACAAAAUAAGUCAGAACUACGUCCAUUAACUCCACCGCCCACAAGUUUUGGCGCGUCAAACAAAGUGUGUUGAAAAUACCCCAAAAAAUCCCAAGCAACAGCAACAACAAGAGCAAAAUAGACUCAUUUUCUGCCCAACAUUUUUUGGGCACACACCAAAAACGGCAAAGAAGCUAAAAAACCCUGAAUUUACGACCGCACCGUAAUUCAAAACAAUGGAUGAGCAUAUGGACAUGGACUUAUCUAAAGUAUAUGUCGUGCGCUCCGCCAAGGGCGUAGAUAUGCUAUGUGUGGAUGAUUAUCUUUAUCAUUUCGAUCGCAUUGGCAAGAACAACACAUACCGUUGGCUAUGCAAUCGCCGAAAGGAUAAAGUGACGCCAUGCCGCUCGCGCAUCUCCACCAUCGUUCCCGAUUCAAUGGACAAGAGCAAACAUGUCGUGGUCGAUGUUAUUCAGGAACAUGUACAUCCACGCUGCAGCGAUCAUGAGAUAACAAAAGUCUCACAACGCAAGCGUCUGUCUAACAUGAAAAUGAACGAUGCCUACAGCACCACACAGCCAAAGCGCGCCCGGCUAUACGAACGCGCCGCAGCUGGCCUUAAUCCUCCCGAAUGGAUAUCCACAAGCAGAGAAAACGAAGCACUUCAAUAUUCAUUUCACCUAGACUUUGAGGACAAAGAUCGAGUUUACAUGCUGCGUCGUCGCGAUGGGCGUGUCAUGGUGUGCAUUGAUGGACAUCUCUACUAUCUGGCUGGCAAGUCGUACAAGGGCGACUUGUACCGAUGGACAUGCGUGCGGAAGCGUGAUAUUGAAUGCACUGCAAAGAUCUGCACGGAAGCCACCUUGGCUGGGGCACAUCGGUUGCAUUUGAUGGAAUCGGAUGCGCAUAUACAUCCACACUAUUCCGCUGACAAGCUCAUGCAAAUGUUUACCAGACAUCAGAUUCUUUUGGUGGACGAUGAGCAAACAGUAGAAGUGCUACAGGAGUGCCCCAAUUUGGAGUACUUUGAUCCCGAGCUGAGCAUAGAAUCUCAGAUGAAGGGUGACGAUGUCGGCUCAAUAAUCAUUGAAGAUUGCGAGGAGAACUAUGAAGUGUAUAUGAAUGUAGACACCAAUGAGUCUACGCUGCCCGAAGCACAGCAGCAGGAACAUCCAAGUCCCGAUGACGAAAUGAAAUGGCCAAAUGCAGCUGAUAUUAUUGAUAAUUAUGUGAGUCCGGCGGAUUAUGAUCCGCUGAGCGAAACCGAUUUGACCAAGUUUACAUUCCUUCCAUCGGCGAAAGGACGCAAGGUACUCUGCUUGGAUCGUCAUCUGUUUCACUUCGACUCACAGAGCCGUGCAAAUGGGCACAUGUUCUUCACGUGCAUUAUGCGACGCGACAAGCAGCAAAGCUGUCAUGUUCGCGUCACACUGGAUCCCGCCGAGAACGGGCCAGAGGUGUUGCGCAUCAACGGCGAGCACACACACAAGCCCGAUCUGCAGGAGAUACUGCGGCGAAUUAAUCAACAAAGGAAACAGGAAAAGUUGCAAGAGAUGACCAAACAAGAAGGCAAUGACAAACAGGAACAGGACGAUACGGCCAGGCAAUCAGUUGGCACUGAGGAGACUGAUUUUGAAAGUCAGGAUGAGUUGGACACAGAGGAGGAGGCCGAGCCAGUUGCUGAGCAAGAUGGCCACUUUGAGAAACUGAAAGAUCAGUCGUCAUCUUCCAACACUAGCGAUGUCCAUCGUAAUGUGGUGAUGAAGAAGGUAAUUGGAAUUGAUGGCAUCAAAAUGGAGCCCGAGCAGGCGAAGGCAGCCUCAAUGAUUGUGCAGUAUAUGGACGAUGGAGCCGACAAUAUCAGCGCCAAAAUUGAGAUACUUCCCAAUGAUUUAGAGGCCAUUGAGGAGCCCUCCACAUCGACACCCAAGCCACAACUGACCAAUCUGCGGAAGCGUCGUACCAACCCAGUACCCACAUGCAAUAACACCCAACUAACAGCGACUCCCGCGGACAUGGAUCUGACAAAAAUCUGUACUUUGCGGUCGGCCAAGGGCAGCGAGAUGCUUUGCGUCGAUGGCUACAUCUAUCAUGCCAAGAAUCGUGGCCUCAUCUCACGCAACUAUUGGGUGUGCAUCAAGAGUCGUGAUCCUGAGAUUAAUUGCAAGAGUCGCAUAUCGACGGCCACACAAAAAGACGGAUCAAUACGUGUAUUGCGUGUCUACAACAGCCACAGUCAUCCUUUCAGCGAGGACGACAUUAAACGGCGACUCUUCAAUGAAAUUAACAAAAAGAACAAUAAGAAGCUCAAGUUCCGGCCGCUGCAUUUCAUUGGAAAGUCUCUGGAACAAAUCAAACAGGAGUAUGGGGAUCUAUCCGUCGAACAACUCAAUGUAUCCAAUCUCACAGAUGGCAUCGUCGUCCACAAGAAGCCACGCAACAGCGCAGGCAGCAGCCACAAUAGCAGCAUAUCCACAAGGAGAACAAAGGAAGAAGAGGCGUUAAAUGCAAUUGUUCUCAAAGAGAAGCUGCAGACGCAAGAACAGGAGCAACAAGAGUUUGAGGAAGAUGUGGUUGUCGAAGAGGAAGAGGAUGUCGAAGAAACAGCCAUACCCGAGGAAGGAGUUUUCAUGACUGUCGAAGAAGACAACACGGAUGCAAUAAUCGAAGUUGUCGAGGAGGUGGCCGACAUGGAAAACUAUGGCAGCAUUGAACCCAUUUAUACGAUGAAGCUAUACGCCGUAUCGGAUGGACCGCCCUCGCUGGCCGUACGCAUGGCUCUCAAGGCGCUGGACAUUCAAUACCAGCUAAUUAAUGUGGACUUCUGUGCCCUGGAGCACCGUACCACUGAAUAUGCGAAGAUGAAUCCGCAAAAGGAGAUACCUGUGCUGGACGACGAUGGAUUCCAUCUGUCCGAGAGCAUUGCAAUUAUGCAAUAUUUGUGCGAUAAAUACUCGCCGCUAUCAACGCUAUAUCCAGAGGAUCCUGUUGAACGGGCGCUGAUCAAUCAGCGUCUGUGCUUCAAUAUGAACUUUUACUAUGCGCCCAUUUCGGCGCAUAGCAUGGCGCCCAUAUUCUUCGACUACGAGCGCACGCCCAUGUCGCUGAAGAAGGUCGAGAACGCAGUCGAUGUGUUUGAAACGUAUCUGCAGCGUUUGGGCACCAAAUAUGCAGCCUCUGAAAAUGUGACCAUUGCAGACUUUGCAUUGGUAUCGUCGACGCUAUGCCUGGAAGCAAUUGACUUUGAUUUCUCGCAGUAUCCGCUGGUACGGAAGUGGUACAGCACUUUUAAAGAAGAGUAUCCAGAGUUGUGGCAGAUUGCCAACAGUGGUAUGCAGGAGAUUAUUGCAUUUGAGCACAAUCCCCCAGACCUUUCACAAAUGGAACAUCCAUUUCAUCCAACACGCAAGCCAAAGGCAUAAAUCAAUUGUUAAAUCGUAGACGUUAAGUGUACUUGCUGCAUUUAAGCGAGCCUUCUUAGUUGAAAUAUACAUAUAUAAAUAUUUUUUUAAAAUAAAUUCAGUUCUAUAAAAUAU